AUGCAUCAGCAGGGCAGUCACAUUGGCAAGGUAAUACUGAACUUCCGCAAUCAUGAUUUUUGUGAAGUGCAGAAUGGACAGGUUCAACUAGUGAUUAUAUCUAGGAGAAGCGCAUCGGAUGGCUCGGCGUCGUUCCCGCUUGUAGGUGGGCUUGGUGGUUUGGGUCGUUCUAUAGCUGUCUAUAUGACCGAUCGUGGAGCCCAACACCUCACAUUCCUCUCCCGCAACGCCAGAACAACAGAUCAAGAUCAGCUUUUUGUCAAAAAACUCCAGAGUAUGGGCUGCGAGGUCCAUUUAGUACGUGGAAGCGUCACCGAAGCAGUGGACGUUAGACGCGCUGUGGCGGCGUUACUCCGUCCACUCAAAGGCAUCAUCCAGAUGAUCAUGGUGCUCCAUGAGCAGAGCUGGCAGAAAAUGACCAUUGACGAAUGGAAUGGCACAGUGGCGCCCAAGGUUGCGGGAACAUGGCAUCUGCACAAUGAGACUCAGUCAUUUGAUAUCGAUUUCUUCAUUUGGUUUAGCUCGCUGUCAGGUACCGUAGGACAGCCGGGACAGGCAAACUAUGCUAGUGCCAAUACGGUCCUCGAUGGGUUUGUCAAAUUUCGACAAGCAAAGGGCUGCCAUUAUUAA